UAUGAAGAUGAAGAUGAAGAUGAAGAUGUGGUCAGUAGUAGCAGUGAUGUUGAGUAGUAGUGUGUUGUUUGGAUUUGGUGUAUCGGUUAAGUGUGGUGAUGUUUGUAGCAAAAAGGCAGUGAUAUUCAACUUUGGUGACUCCAAUUCAGACACAGGUGGAUUCGCCAUUGGAUAUGGAAUCAUCUUCGGACCUCCCACUGGCCGCACCUUCUUCCACCGCCCAACUGGUCGAUUAUGCGAUGGUCGUCUCAUGAUUGACUUUCUCUGUGAAAGUGUAAAAAUAGAUCAUUUGUCUCCAUACAUCCAAUCUUUGGGGUCAAAUUUCACACAUGGAGUAAAUUUUGCUGUGAGUGGUGCAUCAAACCUACCUGAACGCAAACCUUUUAAUUUGGAUGUCCAAAUCCGCCAGUUCCUCGUAUUUCGAGCUCGUUCUCUUGAGCUUAUAUCACAAGGAUACAAAGAUUUGGUUAAGGAGGAAGAGUUCAAGAAGGCACUCUACAUAAUAGACAUUGGCCAAAAUGAUCUAGCAAGUUCGUUCACUUUCGAUAAUCUUACCUAUGCACAAGUUGUUGAAAAUAUCCCAUCCUUCAUUACUGUCAUCCAAACUUCAAUUCGGAUAUUGUAUGAACAAGGAGGAAAGAACUUUUGGGUACACAAUACAGGGCCACUAGGGUGUUCGCCACAACUUCUGUCUAUACUUGGCCAAAAUUUUACAGGAGAUAAUGACAAGUAUGGAUGCAUUCAAACCCUAAAUAAUGUUGCAAAAGUGUUCAACGAACAACUCUAUGCUCUCUGCGAACAACUCAGAUCUGAAAUGAAGGAUGCUACCAUUGUAUACGUUGACAUGUACUCUAUCAAAUACGGUGUCAUCACCAAUCCCUCUAUCUAUGGUUUUGAGAGUCCUUUAAUGGCGUGUUGUGGGUAUGGUGGACCGCCUAACAACUACGUGCGGGGCCGAGCGUGCGGUGUGGCUGGUUACAACAUAUGUGAGGAUGGAUCAAAGUUCAUAAGCUGGGAUGGAGUUCACUACUCAGAGGCUGCCAAUGCUCUCUUUGUUUCUAAAAUACUCUCUACCAACUACUCCACCCCUCAACUUAACUUCCGAUACUUUUGUAACAACUAAUAAUAAUUACCUACCUUCAAAUUUAUUAUUAUAACUUAAAUUAUUAUUAAAUAUUAUUGGACUCAUUUCUACUAAUAAGAA